GUGCAUGCUUAUUUACAAAAGGCUGCUCCUCGUUAAGGAUUUCUGCCGGUCCUCAGAUGGUACAGCAAGGCUUUGAUGAUGCGGAUACCUGAAACACUUCACAGCUGAGCACACAGGAACUAUCACGAAGUGUAAAAUAUCCAGAAAUCCUUUGCCCUGGAAAACCCAGAAAUAUAACUUGAAAAGCCGGCAUAUAAUAAUCUGACAACCAAGCAGCAACAGGAGCAAGUUAAUGAUAUGGGAUGAAACUCCUCCUGUAAGGAGGAACCAAGACAUAUUGCGUAACUGAGCAGAGUCACUGGCAGGCAGUAGGGAAAAAGAUAACUAAAUUAUUCAUAAUUCCUUCCACACAGACCAUUAUCAGGCCAGUGGGAAAAGCACAUCUGUCAGUCCUUUAUAUGACUCCCCUGGCUCCUUGAGCAGGAGUCCCUCUGUCCCAGCCACUGCUUAUCUAGAAGCAUCCAGCAGCUCCAUAACCUCCUCUGUGAAAUUCCCUGGAUGGAUCUCCUUCCUGCAAAACUCUGCACAAACUUUCCAGGUUAGCCUCACAGGUCAUCGUGAUGUCUGUGCUGGGGACACAGCCAUUUGCACCAACAGGAAUGUGCGGAGAAGUAACAAACAGCUUGCCCCUCCCUGGGUUCUCACAGAUGCUGCUAUCUGGCUGGUAUACCGGUGUUACCCAUGUGUGGUGACUGACCCUCAUUUUCCAUUGCAUUCAACAGAAGAGAUGUGUUUUCCAAGAGUCUCUAUUUCUACCAAAUAUGACUUAAGGGAGAUUUUCAAAGGACUAGGUGUCACUGAUGGAUUCUUUAACGAUGCUGCUCUAUCUGGAAUUGCUGAGAAGCUGAUUGCUUUGAAGUUUGCAGACAAAAAUGGUCAUUUGUGGGUUUGAUGUAACUGUUAGUCUUAACCUUGCCUAGGAAGAGAGUUGGGCCAGGGUCAGAGAAGCUGGUGCUUGGGAGUGGUGAGCAGGGACAGCAGCAACUUUCCACUCUCUCUGACAUGCCGAGGGCUGCUGCAUGUCCUGGGAGAAAACAGGAAUCCCCGCAGAAGCUCUGCUGUUCCCAGCAGUUCUUCCCUGAAAACAGUAGCAUCCUUCACAUUGUUGGUUAGCCAAGCAUUAGGGCCGGGCUGAAAAAUCCAUGCUAUCUACGUAGGCAGGCCUAGACUUGAGGAAAAUAGCUUGUCUGUGCUAGAGUUAAGCAACAGCAUACUUGCUCCUGCAAAAUCCUGCUGGACCUUGGUCAUUUUACAUAAAACUGCAAUAAACUUUCUGGGUACUUGCAGACAUCAUGAAAAAAACCCUCUCUGCAGAAAUACAUUCUGACCAACUCUGCUUCUAUCUUGUAAGAGAUAGUAGUUACAUAGCAAUGACUAUGGUGGGUAGAUUCCUAUGUGUAGAUAAAUUGUAGAUUUACCUGGGGUGAAAUCAUGUACAUUCAAUGGAAAUAAUUAGUCACUGCUAAUUAGGAUGAGUGCAUUCACCUCAUCCUUAAAUAACCUUCUAAAUAGCUAAAUUGUGCCUGUUUCUCUUAGCUCCCUCUGACAGGGAUCCCAGUGUAAGUCACACAUAAUAUGUAUAUAAAUCAUGCCUCUCCUAUGUGUAUGAAGGAAGGGGUUAAUAAAAUCUCCUCGCUUCUCCCCAGCUAACAUUUUGCCAUGGUAAAGAUUGCUCAUUUUAUUCUUCCACUUGUUUUCUUAUUUUGGCUAUUUUUCAAGCCAUGCUAAUACUUUGCUUUUCACUUCAGUAGUUUCUAAAAUACUCAUCAAAGGCCUCUCAAAAAGCUAACCAGUGCCCCCAACUAUCCUUGAGACCUCAUAAUUUAAUGAGGCCUCCAAAUAAUGCCAAUUAGGGCAUAUCUGCAGUGUGCACUGCAGGGCAAUACAAAGACACUGAGCUAUUCCCUACCCAACAUGCUGCUGCCUUGGGUGCUCAAUUAUAUGGCAUCCUUGCAUCAGGAUAGCCCAAGCAGGGAGUUCAGUGGGACACAGCAUCCUUUUUAUAAGCAGAGAUUGCUUUGGCCCUAUCUUAGCUUUCCUGUUCCUUUAAUAUUCUGUUUUCUAAAGCUCAUUUACCACGGUUAUGCCAGACUACCUUGCAAAGCUCUUUUGCCCACAGUUUAGUUCAAGCCUAAGAGUAGCAAGGUCCCUGUUCUUUCUCUCCCUUCAGAGCAGUACAUGUUGACAUCUUGCUGCCUGCAUGAUGGGAAAACAGACUUACGUUUGAUGUCCAGAAAAAAAAUAGCUUACUCAGUCUUUGCUUUGCAAAUAAAUCUUAUUUGCUCUGUUUAAUAUUUACCAGUGCACAUUAACUUAAUACUAUCCAGCAAAAUGAAGAACAGGGAAGAAGCUCUGUGAGAGGUCCAGCACUAACUGUUCAGAAGGAAAUGAAGUCUGCAUUGUAUUUAUGUUUAUUACUUCUUGGACUUCAAGUCCAGGGUCAACAUAAGUCCAAACUCAAUGAUGAACAGCAGGAACAAAAAAUACUUCGUUCCUCAGAAGACCAUUCCCAGUCUGAAGGUGAAAACUUGGCCCAUGUCAAAAUAGCCUCCAGCAAUGCUGACUUCGCAUUUAAGUUUUACAAACAGCUCAGAGAGGAGGUGGGCAACAAGAAUAUUUUCUUCUCUCCUUUGAGCAUCUCCACUGCCUUUACAAUGCUUUCCCUGGGGGCCAGAUCAAACACGCUCAGUCAGCUGUACAAAGGCCUCGCCUUCAACCUGACAGAGUUGGAGGAGCAGGAGAUCCAUAAGGGAUUUCAGCGUGUCCUCCAGCUGCUGAAUGACCCUUACCGAGAUGUCCAGUUGAGCAUGGGCAAUGCCUUGUUCACAGAUGAACGGCUGAAGCUGCUCCAAAAAUUUUUGGGUGAUAUCACAAAUUUUUAUUAUUCUGAAGCUAUUCCUAGUAACUUCCAGAAUUCUCCAGAGGCUAUAAAGCAAAUCAAUAACUACACAGAAACAAAAACCCAUGGGAAAAUUGUCGGUUUACUCCAGAGUCUUGAUCCAGACACUGUGAUGGUUCUGGUUAACUACAUUUUCUUUAAAGGCUACUGGGAAAAACCUUUCAACAGUUUGUCCACCAGAGAUGAUGACUUCUUGCUGGAUGCCAAGAAUUCUGUUAAGGUCAAAAUGAUGCAUCAAAGCAAAGCCUUUAAUGUCCAUAGGGAUGAGAAGUUGUCUUGCUGGGUAGUAGAAAUCCCAUAUAAAGGAAAUGCUGCUGCAUUGUUUGUUCUGCCUGAUGAAGGGACAAUGAAGCAGGUGGAGGAUGCUCUGCUAAAAGAAACAGUGUUUAAUUGGAUGCAAUCAUUUGAAAAAAGAAAAAUCUACCUGGACCUUCCAAAAUUCUCCAUCUCUGGCUCCUAUGAUGUUAAGAGCCUGUUUGAGAAAAUGGGUGUGACAGAGGUGUUCAGUGAUGACGCUGAUCUCUCUGGAAUAGCAGAAAAGACUCUUCUGAAGGUUUCCAAAGCAAUUCACAAGGCCGUGGUGGAUGUUAGUGAAAACGGCACAGAGGCUGCUGCAGUGACCGUGGUAGAACUGGUACUGUUGUCUGCAGCGUAUCCUCUUCCUCCUCACAUCAGAUUCAACAGGCCCUUCCUGAUGAUGAUUGUUGACAAAACCACCCACAGUAUCCUCUUCAUGGGGAAAAUUGUGAACCCGGCUGCCAAGGAAGACUAGGCCAGAGCACUUGUACUCCCAAGU